CAUAUCAUAAAGAUUAAAGAGGAAACACCGAAACAGAGAUGGCCCAAAGGAAAAGGUCCGUGUCGGAUGGUAAGACCAGAACAUAACGGAAAAGACAAGUACCGUCAAACGCCGUCUCUUUUGCUUUCGCCACAAAAAGACAUCAUCAGUACCACAAAACCCAUGACAGUGCUAAGCAUGUAGACGCACAGUAACACAAUUUUAGCCAGAGGAGCAGAAUUUAUUCGCAUUAUUAUCAAAUUCGUCCUUAGGGAUUUGUUUCUCUUAACCAUUGAAUUUUGUGAUUAAAAAGAUCAUGGGAAGUGUAUCUUCAGAUGAUGGCUUUGAUGAGCAGAGCGAGCGGUGCGGGAGUUAUAGUUUGAGUGCAGAUGUGAGUGAAUCGGAGAGUUGUAGUAGCUUCUCAUAUCGGCGGUUCGAAGGAGAAGGUUGCUCCAGUUCCAUGACCUCAUCGUCUCCAAGGUUACCGGCUGCUGGAAGGUUCGGUUUUCAGGUGCCGUUGAUGUUGCCGGUGAUUGGAGGGAAGGAUGUGGUGAUAUGGGAUGAUGAGAAGCCUGAGAAACGGGACACCAAUUUGUCUGAAAUUGAGAUGAUGAAGGAGAGAUUUGCUAAGCUUCUUUUAGGAGAAGACAUGUCUGGAGGUGGGCAUGGAGUGUGUAGUGCACUUGCCAUUUCGAAUGCCAUCACCAAUCUCUCUGCGACCGUCUUUGGUCAGCUGUGGAGGUUAGAGCCAUUAGCACCGCAGAAGAAGGCAAUGUGGAGGAGAGAAAUGGACUGGCUCUUGUGUGUGAGUGAUUCGAUUGUUGACCUUGUGCCAUCUAUACAACAAUUCCCUGGUGGACGCACAUACGAAGUCAUGGUGACAAGGCCACGCUUAGAUUUGUAUGUAAACCUUCCUGCCCUUAAGAAGCUUGAUGCAAUCUUGAUUACCAUACUUGAUGGGUUUUGUGAGACAGAGUUUUGGUAUGUUGAUCGGGGGAUGGUCGUGGAUGAUGGUGGUGAUUGUGAAGCUUGUGAAGAGAAGUGGUGGUUGCCUUGUCCAAAAGUGCCACCAAACGGCUUGUCAGAGGAUGCAAGGAAGAAGUUGCAACAAUGCAGGGAUUGCACGAACCAAAUACUUAAGGCAGCCAUGGCAAUUAAUAGCAAUGUGCUUGCAGAGAUGGAGAUACCUACUGCUUACUUGGAGAACUUACCAAAGAAUGGAAAGGCUUGUCUAGGAGAUAUCAUCUACCGCUACAUAACAGCUGAUCAAUUCUCGCCAGAAUGUCUACUUGAUUGCCUUGAUCUAUCAACCGAACAUCACACUCUGGAAGUAACUAACAGGAUUGAGGCAGCAGUGCAUGUUUGCAAGCUCAAAGAUCAAAGGAAACGCAUUAAUGACAUCAAAGUUAAGCGCUCCUCGUGGGGUGGAAAGGUUAAAGGUCUUGUUUCCAUUAGUGAAAAGAAUAAUUUUCUGGCCCAAAGAGCUGAGACCCUCUUACAUUGCUUGAGGCGUCGUUUUCCUGGUCUUCCACAGACAUCAUUGGAUAUGAGCAAAAUUCAAUAUAAUAAGGAUGUUGGGCAAUCAAUUCUUGAAAGCUACUCAAGGGUGAUGGAGAGUUUGGCCUUCAACAUUAUGGCAAGAAUAGAUGAUGUCCUUUAUGUUAACGAUGUUAUCAAGCGCUGUGCUGAGGCAGAAACAGUUUCCCUUUUCAACAGGAGAGGAUUGGGUGGUCUUCCAAUCCAAAAACGAAUGUCCCCAAGCCCCUUCUCAAUUCAGCACACUCCUUAUGCCUCUCCUUUUGCAACGCCAACCUUCUGUUCUUCAACCCCGCUCUCUGGAAACCCUGGAAGGGCACCUUCCUCUUUGAAGAGAAACAUUCUUAAGGAGGAAUCCGAUUGGAAAUUCGGAAAACCAUGUGCAGUUGAAUUUGAGAGGGUGUGUUCAUAUACACGGAGCCUCAGUGCGAGAAGAGUUUCUGAAAAUGCUCAUGAGAGAGAUUGAAGCCGAAGAUUCAUGACCCUGCGUGAGGUAAGUUCUAUGAAUAGUAGAAAAAAUUGCAUAGUUUCAUUGGUUGCUGACAGAUUAAAGAGGAUUCGCUGGAUGUAAUCAUGUACAUUUCUUACCAUUAGGAGUACGAGUCUCAAAGUUUUGAUUUCCUUUUGGCCUAUUUUAACUUCAAAUCGUGUUAGCCAAGGAAAAAAAAGAUUAUGCUUAAAUCGAAUUGUUAAUUUUUUUGGUGGUC